CAAAACAUACGGCGCCAGGAGCCCAUGCGAAUAGUGAAAUGUUGUGUACGGAAAUGUUCGUAGGAUAUUUAGCUAGUAACGUUAACGUUAGUUCUUUUAAUGUGCAUGUUUUUUCAUAUGAAGGCAGUCAGACUCUCUUAAUCCAUGCAGUCAGGAGGAUCAUGGUUGAGGGGCGGGUUUAGUGCUAUGCUGGGAAUCCUUUUGCGUAGCGCAUCUGUAUCGGCAAAAACACAGCGAUGUGAGGCUCUGACGCUUCGCUUGCAAUGUCUCAGACAAAUUCAGUGAUUUAUCUGUACACGGUAUAGUUUAUCUACCUCGACCAACCUAGUCAAGAUUGAGCACUUCAACAUAAUGGGUGUGUGCCGCACAGGACUUCCCUGUUAGUCUUCAUAUAUAACCCAUCAAAAAGUAGCCUAAGAGUAAAAAAGUUUACUGAAUCAGGUGAGAGCAUGGCACAGGUAGAGGAGUCUCAAACUGAAGGAGAGGGUAGCCCUCAGAUGAUUUCCUUAAGAUCAGACAUAUCAGGGAACCACAUGGACGAUGGAGAAGUGGGACCCUCAAUAAGGAGGAAGAGGAGGAAGAAGAAAGACCCGCGUCCAGAGUCCAUUAUUGUUUACCGCUCUGAAAUGGAGAGGGCACCUGGAGAGGACCAAGGCGGUGAGGAGGGAGCAGAGAGAAGCACAGAAGAGGGUGCUAAAUUCCUCUGCACACCUACAGGAGAAGGAGGGUGGAGCCUUCCCCCAGACAGCCGCUACGUGACCCUGACAGGCACCAUCACCCGAGGAAAGAAGAAGGGUCAAGUGGUGGACAUUCACCUCACUUUGACAAAGAAGGAACUCAGGGAUCUGGCUAAGUCAAAGGAGCGUCUUGAUGCAGAGUGUGAGGCAGGAGAGGGCUCUAAACGCAACUGCAGCUUAGGUGUGUGCCAGGGACCCCAUGUUGUCCUGUGGAGCCUUUCCUGUGCCCCUGUGAUUUUCCUCCUCUCCUUCAUAACUUCCUUCUACUACGGCACUCUCACCUGGUACAAUGUCUUCCUGGUGUACAAUGAGGAGCGAACGUUCUGGCACAAGAUUACAAUAUGCCCCUUCCUCAUCAUCUUCUACCCCAUGCUCAUCAUGCCCAUGGCGCUCUCUCUGGCUCUAUAUUCCGCCGUGGUGCAGGUGUCCUGGGCCUUCAGCGAGUGGUGGCAAGCUGUGAGAGACCUGGAGAAAGGCUUCUGCGGCUGGGCCUGUGGGAAGCUGGGACUGGAGGACUGUUCCCCCUAUAGCAUAGUGGAGCUGCUUGACUCUGAUACUGUUUCUGGCACUCUGCAGAGCAAAGCCCCCAGUGAACUUGCCCAGACAUCAUCAGUGUAAAGUGUGGGGGUGUGUGGGAGAGAUGGGGGGGGGGGGUCUGAGGUCCAAGGCACAUGUUGAUUUAGGCCUAAGUCUCAUUUAAGUUGGUCACAGGAAAGUAUAUUAAAGCUGUUUCACUAUACCUUUCUGUAAAUGACAACUAAUCAAACCGCCUGAAUUGUCCUAAAAUGCUGAACUAUUGCUACAAAUUUUGUAAAGCAUGAUUGAAUCCAGAUCACUAUGGUGGGAGUGGUAAUGUUUUUUUUUUUACGUUUAUCCUCCUAUCACUGAAUCCUACUCAUAACAUUUUGAUACAUGUAGGCCUUGGUGCCUCCUGUAGUAAAGUAUAAAUAGACUGGCUGUGGACACGGAUACACACAUUGUUUUAGGCCUUGAAGUUAAACCAAGUUUCACUUCAUCUGUAAAUAUCUGUAAUUAAAUGUAUUAAGUUUAAGAGGAUGCAUUUCAAAGGCAACACUGUCUUGUAUUAACUCAUCAUAAUCUCUGUGAAGUUGUAUUUGAAGUAAGGCUGGAUUACCAUCUGGGAAAAGUGGACAACUGCUCCAAGGGCUCCAUGUGUCAAUUACUUUGUGGAAAUUAGAUUACUGAUUUGAUUGGGAAUAUGCACCAUUGAGCACAAUAUUGACUAAAACACUAAGCACCUUAAGAUGAGCAAUGUAUUGUUAAGGAGUUCUGUGUCAGCAUUACGUUUUUAAAGGGUAAGGAUGGCAUUACUUUAGUAAUUAGUCAGUUAAUUUAGUCAUUGAUUUGUGAUUAUUCUUGCAGAACAAUGGAAGUGUGUGGCUCAGAUAAAUAAGCUACAUCAGGCUUUGUAUACAGAGAGAAUACUUGUUAGAAGGAUUAAUCCAGUGUACAUUUUGGCCUUUCAUAAGUUUUGUUGACAAUUAGAAAAAUAUUGAAUAUUACCAGCCUUAUCCUGUAAUAACUGUAUUAUUCUGGAUGAUACUGUGCUUACAUGGUGCAUAUUCCUAAAAAGAUGUGUUUCAUCAAGAAGUACCCCAGCAUGCAAGUACUUGUUAGUGUCUGGGCAUCGAGGCUGAUUAUAUUUAAAGCUGCCAUGUGUUGCUGCUGUGUGCUGUCACCUAAAUGUACACAUCAAGUACAUAGUACAUAAACAAUGUACAGAGGAAGAGAGAUAACUCAUUUUUGGCCCAGGGCACUCUAGCAGGUCAAUUCAGCCAUAAUUUGAAGCCAUAGUCACAAAAGUUUUUUUCUACUGUCUUUUUUUCAUAUUUUAGGCAUCAUCAUCCCAGAUAUUUGUGAUCUUAAACUACUUGUAUAGUCUUCAGAGUUUUGUUCCACACACAAGUAAAAUGAAGUUCACUGUAAUUUUCCUCCUGAGAAUUCCUGUUACAUUUCCACACAGUCAUAUUUUGAAUGUUGAUUUAAUUUAUUUUAAAUAUUUAUGUCUAGUACACUUCUUGAAAUUGUUGCAGCUAGGUGUUUUAUGCGGAGCUGAUGGGGUUGGUUUAAGUUAAUCAGAUGGUUUAAAUAUUUGGUGAUUCAAAUGUUUAUGAUCAGACCUGGCUGGGUGGAGUAAUUUAAUUUUGUUUUCAUAAAGGCAGUGACACGGAUCAGUGUUUGUGGAUUGAGUCUGUAUUACACAUUACAUGUUCUGAAACCACAGGAUGCAAAGUAAAGAAUUACACAAAGAAAAUCAAGUGUUUGUCAUUACAUC